UGCAGUGCGCAUGCGCAGAGCUCAGACCCAACAUGGCGGCUUUGCUGCAGUGAGGUGCUUACGUCAAUAUUAUGCCUAUGGGCGCAUAAGCUUCAACUUUUUUAGCAAAAAAUAAAGAAAAAAAUAGCUAAAAUAAAAUUACAAUGUCUCGCCACAGGAAUGUUCGAGGGUAUAAUUACGAUGAAGAUUUUGACGAUGAUGACAUUUAUGGACAAUCGGUGGAUGAUGACUACUGCAUCUCACCUGCUACGGCUGCUCAGUUUAUUUACUCGCGUCAGGACUCGCGGCAGACACGGCAGGUAGAGCCGCUGGAGGAGGAAGAACACGAGGAAGAGGAGGAGAUCCCCACCUCGCCCACCUUCACGCAGAUACUCGAUCAAGGUCAGCUGUACUCGUGUUUGGACCAGAUGAGGACAGUGCUGGGAGACUCUGUGCCUGACUCCACUCUGACCGAGGUGGCUCUGAAGUAUGACUGUGAUCCUCACAGGGCUCUUGACUCCAUCCUGUCUGCAGAAAGCAGCAGCACGCAGACAGCCGCUCCCAAAACGCACCCUCCACCACAGAAAGGAGCCUUAUCCCUUUCCACACCACACAACACUGAUAGGGCCACACGUGUAACCUCAACACACACACAGCCACAGCCACAGCCUGGAUCAGGGCUUUCAUACAGCCUUAGCAAUCUUUUAGCCCAGACCGAGCCAAAAGACAUCAAGGACUGCAGUCAGUUUUCUGCGGGUGCUUUGGCGAAAGAUGCAUUAACUCCAAGAUCAGGGACUGGUUGUGUAGCUGCAGGACCGAGCUCUCUGGCUCAGCUAAUGGCUGAGCACGAGCGCAAGUGUGCAAGUCCAGCUCAGGGUCCAAAUAUCUCCCUCGCCAACUUUGGUUCCUCUGGUCUCGGCCAAAUUUCUCAGAGUCUCCACCUGGGAUCUCUCUCUGGUGGUCUUGGUGUUCCUCUCGGCCUGGGCAGUCUCACUUCUGUAAGCCCCACCUCCAGCCUCCUGUCUUGCUCUCUGAGUAGUCUGUCUCUACAAGACUCUAAAACGGCUGGAUCAUUGCCUGUACCACUAGGGAGUCUGAGUAACGCCUGGCAGGCUAGUAAGCCAGUGGAAGUGGGUGGGGUUAGUAAAAGUCCUGGGGUUGGAGGUCAAGAUGGAAGCCCCUCAUUGGCUGAGCUGAUUCAGGAGCAUCAGAGCAACAGCCCUGAACUUUUCAAUUCAGUGCCAGGCCUCCAAAACCUAUCUACACUUAUGGCUAAUCCACUGAGUAAUGCUAACACUACUAAAACACAGCACAGCAGUCUCAAUCUCAACAAUCUGCCUACGCUUCCUCUCCCUAAACCUCCUCCUAACGCUCCUCCUCCUGGAUUUUCUGCAACACCGUCUUUGUCAGACCUCAUAUUCCAACACCAAGCCGCAACACCCAAGCUCCAAAACCAUGCGUCCUUAAUGCCGCUUAAAAAUAAAAAGCACAAAGAAAAGAAAUCAGUGCAGGCUAAGCAAUCCUCUCAGGUCCGUAAACCACAAAGCGUCGAUUUAUGCGUCCUCAUGUCCGAGAUGUCGCCUGAGCCUUCUGCUCCUCAUCAUAACAGCCGCUCUCCCAUUUCACCGUGCUCGAACCAUUUGAUGAAUCAAAAUGUAGUGGGAGUUUUUGCUGAGCCGUCCGUAUUUGCUCUCACCCUGUGCGUUCAGAUGAGGAAGAGGAGGAGCCAGUGCAGCAGGGCAAGGCAUCGAGCUUUCCUGUACAGCAAACAGAUGACAAGAGUGAAAGAACGAGUGCAGGGUCCACCCCUCCAUCACAUCACACCAUUCUCCUUCGACACGCCGUCACCUGAUGACAUAGUCAAAGCCAACCAGAAGAAGGCAUUUACAAGAGAGUAGAGCUUAUUUGCGUUAGAGACUUUUAAUUUACAACGUACAACAAGCUGCCAUACAAAAUAAUACUAAAGGUUGCUCGACUGAUCCCCCAUGGGGCAUAUGAACUUUUAAACUGUAUCCUUCUUUAUCCAAUAGCUGUACCUCAAAAAAGAACCAGGUUAAUUCAUUCUCUUGGCAGCUUUUUUUUUUUUUUUUUUAAAUUAGACUUUAUACAGGUUUUUAAACUUGUCUCGCUUCGAUUUUUGUUACUCUUUUUUAAAAAAAAAAAAAAAAAAAAAGAUGGAAUAUUUUUCUAGUGGAUUUUUAAUACCUGUUGAGUAUUAUAAUGGUGUCCCUCAACAAGUGCAGGAGACAAGUGGAAAAAUGAGAGAAAGAGAGAAAACAUCUUUGCAGAAAGCAACAACAACAACAAAAACAAUCUCUUGCGCAGCUGCUGUGCUGUAUUUUUGAUGUCAGGAACAUUUCAGGUUUACCACAGAGGCAGAAAGAGAGGAACCGUGGAGAGCAGACUUUUUAGGUUUGGGGAAAUUCUGCGCAUCUAUUUAUAUAUAUUUUUUAAAGUAUAAUUUAACAUUUCUAUGAUUCCUAAUAAAAACAUCAUGCUUAAACGCUUUCAUUUUUAACCUCUCUUUUAAAGCACUGAUGUACAGUUGAGAUUGGUUUUGAUUGAUGUGGGCGUAGGCCUGAGGUUUGUGUAUAUACUGAAAUAAAGAUUUCAUAUGCAGAGAUUCGUACGUGUGAUCGCAUGGGUUGGGUCGAUGCGGGUGCAGGGGUGUGUGACGCUCUGUGUGUGUGUGUGUGCAUGUGGUUGUAGUAACACAAAGCGUGUUAAUGCGCUAACUUUAAUGGGUGUGUAAGCUCUGUGGUGUUUAUCACGUAUUUGUGACUGUGUGUGUAUGCAAGAUCGUGCACUCCUGCAGGCCACAUUGAGGUGUAAACACACCCAGAGCAUCCUGGGUAACUUUACAUGGUGUUUGCUUUGGUUUUGCUGUGGUGUACAUGACCAACCACAAGUGGAGACGUUCAAGUCCUCCUCCCUAAACACACAUCACAGCAUACAAGCACAACCUCACUGUAUUAUCUUUAUCUGAUUUUCAGUGCAGGUAGUGCCUGUCUCAGAUUAUAGACUAUCCUGCACAUCUCAUGCUAUCAUGGAUUAGUAAAAGCAUCAAAUUCUGGCAAAUAUCCAAAAUCCCCUUUGAAUCUUGGAGAAUCGUAGGCCAGAAAAUGUUAUGUACGGGAAAUGUCAUGCCUUUAAUGGAGCUGGGUUUAAGGGCUCUGUAUGCAGGAACCAACAGUCAGUCAUGUUAUGAACAUAAUUUGUUGAAAGAUUAUAACCGAAUAAUUGAAAUGAUUUAAGAUGUUCAGUAGGUAUGGUCUGUUUUAUAUCCUGACUGUAAAAUUAUAGUCCUAUAGUACAUAAUGUGUAACAGUCACACAUUUUAAAGGUGCCUCAAAACCUUUUUAAUGCAUAUGAAUGUGAAUAUCAGCCAUCUGAAAAGGCAUUUUUGAUAUAUAUGAUUUUUGAUUUGAUUAAAAUUAGGCUGGUGUUUUUUUGUUUUUUGUUUUUUUUUUUCUAAAUAAAGCUUGAUCACUGUGUUUGGCUUCCUCAAAUAGAUACAAUUAAGCAAAAAUAAUCAUGACUAUCAUUCUAGCAAUUUUUAUGCCGCUCUAACCUCAAAUGAUGUUUCUAGAGAAAAUAAUCCAUAAACAAUGUAAUAAAAUAUUUGAAAAGUAAGGAUUAUAACACUACAGGGCUUGCUGUUAUAGGAAAAUCAUCAAUGAUGUAAAGCAGAGUUACUGUGACUACUCUGAAGUUGAUUAUUUUCCUAUAGCAGCAUGUCCUAAAAAAUGUUAUUCCUCUUAUACCACCGCAAAUUUACCAGCCAGAAUGAUACCUUGUAGUUUUUGUCCGUUUCUGUUUGAAGUUGUGGAAUGUACACAUGUGGAAUAUUUAGCAUCUAUAAAUACUUGUUUCCUCACCAGCCUGUUUUCCCCCCUCUUGAAGUUAAUGAGAUAAAAAAAACAAAAACAAAAUAAGAUGAAACUUGUCGUGGUACUGAGAAACCGGAAAAUGGAAAGUUCCGUGAUGGAAAAUUUACUGACUGCUACAAAGCACUGACACUGGAGACUCCUUCCAUAAGGUGAAACAAGGUCCAGAUCUUCUCAGAAAACUUUACUAUAUCAACUUUUGUUCGAUAACAAGCUGUGGUCUGAAUUACAGCCAGAACUAUUGUCAGGGCAACUGUUAGAGAAAAUUAAUCAACACCUGCCUAAUCAGAGCUGAGAAUUCAGCAGCGCUGUGGUGUAAUUUUUAUAGAACAGCAUUUCAUUUAGUGUGGAGGCAAGUCUGUGUAAGACUAUCGAGAUCUAUCAAGACUAUCUGCCAGUGAAGGCUAUCAGGCAUCUACAGACUCGAGCAGGACCCCCUGUAUGGCCAUGAUGUGGGUGGAGACUUGCCCGAGCGUCAUGAUUAGUCUCACAAGCCAGACCUCUAGCUUUGCUAUAGAGUCUGUUAUGGUUCAUCAAUAAAUGUGUCCAAGAUCUACCUAAGAUGCAAUUUGACUGAUGUGGCAGGCCAUUUCCUGCAGCGUGUCGACAAAUACACAUACAAAUACUUCUAAAUGCUUUAUACACAACUCUUUAAUAACUUUUAAGGACAAAUUUCUGUGAAUCCACUUAAUGAGGCUGAAACCAGGCCAACAUUAUGCUGGUUG